UUCUUUCUUUUCAACUGUAUAGUUUUCAUAUUCUCUUAAUUUAUUGAGUAAACUAAUGUGUGUACUCAAUUGAUGAAAGCCACAUGGUUACCUAAAUACAAUGACAACACAAAUAGGCUAUCGACAAAGCAAAUCUUUCCAAAACGAUGUCCUACAGGAACUAUUGUCAUCAGACGGACGACAAAAGAGGAUCUAAUAAGAGCAAGAAAAUAUACACAUCAAAUACAAUCACAUGUGCAACCACUACAAGAACAAAUGGCCGAUACCAGUGGGGGAGCUUUUCAUUAUGCUCGAGUGUCAAUUGAUGCUGGUAAGGGACCAAAGUAUUAUGGUGCAAGCACAGACCUGGACGUUUUCCAGCUUUCAGGUGUUUCAGAGAACCAAGCAAGCACAAGCCAGAUCAUCCUUAGCAAGGGAGAAAGAGGUCCCAGAAAUUACAUUACCAGCGUUCAAGCUGGAUGGCAUGUGAAUUAUCAAUGGGAGGGGGACAAUUCGACUCAUUUCUUCACAUAUUGGACUUCAGAUGGUUCUCAGAAGACUGGUUGUUAUAACCUAGUCUGCAAGAGGUUUGUCCAGAUCAGUACUAGGUUGGCUCCCGGCAUGAUCUACACACAAAGCUCUUUGUCACUCUCAAUUUACAGGGAUCGGUUCACUUUGAACUGGAUGCUUUACAACGACAGGGAACCAGUGGGGUAUUGGCCAAAGGAAAUCUUCAACAACAUGGCAGAUUGUUCACAGGUGCAGAUGGGGGGAGAUGUCUACUCGCCCCUUGGUGAGCCAAGUCCACCAAUGGGCAGUGGCGUGCUCAAUGAAGCAAAAUUCACGAGAGUUCUCCUAACGGAUGGACGUGGUAAUGACAUAAAGGUAACGGAGUACACGACAAUUAAUGAUCUUCCUAACUACAUCUACGGUGUUACCUCGGAUCUUCAAACGUUAACUUAUGGCGGGCCUGGAGGUAGGCGGAAAGCUUAAUCUUCAUGGGACAAAAUUGUGAUAUGAAUGAUCGAUCUAUUGCGGUGUAUGCUUUGGAGUUAAUAUAACCCUAAAAUUAUCAUGUUGACACUGUCGUAUAAGAUUUUUUAUUG